AUGGAAAAGGCCAUGUCUUCAAGGCGUCCAAUUUAUUUGAACCCCGCCACCGCCACCGAGCGAUGCGACUGUUCGUCGUCUUCUAGCGUCACUGAAUUCCACAAAUCACUCCCCAACUAUGCACCAACUCCACUGGUAUUUCUACCAGAACUUGCAACUGAGCUGGGUGUCAAAGCUGUUCUUGUGAAAGACGAAAGCAACCGAUUUGGUCUACCCUCGUUCAAGGUUCUGGGUGCAUCAUGGGGAUGCUUCCGAGCCAUCGCGCAGACUCUUGGAUUCGAAUCGGACAAGAUCGCUUUGGAAGAGCUUUCUUCCAAGGCCCAAGCAAGCUCGAUAUCCCUCGUUACCGCGUCUGAGGGUAAUCAUGGACGAGCAGUGGCGUAUAUGGCAAGACUGCUCGGUAUCCAGGCUGAAAUAUUUGUGCCCCGGUCCAUGAAUCAGGACACACGCGAUCGAAUUGCGUCGGAGGGAGCUCAGGUGUCUGUUGUUCAAGGAACAUACGAUCAAGCAGUUAAGCAUGCGUCGGACAAAGCGUGUGAUGGGCGUGUGCUAUUGAUCCAGGAUACUGCGUUUGAAGGAUACGAAGAGAUCCCCGCUUGGAUUGUGGAAGGGUAUUCCACUAUGCUGAGCGAGGUCGAAGAACAGCUGGUUCAGCUCGGUCUGUCCGCCGAUAUGAUAGUCUCGCCUGUUGGUGUUGGCAGUCUUGCCCAUGCUGUAGCUAGACAUUGCAAAUCAAAGCAUAUGGCUAUGGUUGCUGUUGAGCCUGACUCGGCUCCCUGUUUGUCUUCCAGCCUCCGUGCUGGGAAGUUAGUUUCCGUCGAAACAUCUGCUACCAUUAUGGAUGGUAUGAAUUGCGGUACUGUGUCGAGCACCGCUUGGGCAGACUUGCAGCGUUUUGUUGAUGCCUGUGUGACUGUUUCGUCAUAUGAGAGCCACAACGCGGUUCAGUAUCUGACUUCGAGAUCGGUGCCCGCGGGUCCAUGUGGCGGAGCACCCUUGGCUGCACUGCGGCGCCUUACUCAAGAAGGUUCCUCGUUAUUGAAGAAUGAUUCUGUGGUGGUUCUCCUCAGCACGGAAGGUGCACGCCCCUAUCCGAUUCCCAAGGACGUGUCUGUAGAAGAUGCCGUGAGCCUGACCCAAGUACUCACUCAAAUCGACUCUUCCAAUCCUACCUUAUCUGUGAGCGGUGGGGCGGGUGAAAGUGAGAUCGUCGACUACUUAUCAGCAUGGUUUGCUCACCGCGAUAUUGAGUUCCAUCGCAUUGAGCCUGUUUCAGGCCGACCCUCUGUCGUGGGUAUACUUCGUGGGAGCGGAGGAGGAAAGUCGCUCAUGUUCAAUGGACACGUUGACACCGUUAGUAACUCAAGCUAUGAGCAAGGCGUGGAUCCCCUAUCUGGCGCCCUGGGAACUAAAAAUGGGAAGGAUGUCAUUUUUGGUCGAGGAUGCCUGGACAUGAAAGGUGGCUUGGCAGCCUCACUAGCAGCACUAGCAACGAUCAAGGCUGGAGGUCAUGAUCAGCUACCCCGCGGAGACAUCAUUGUGGCUGCUGUAUCGGAUGAGGAGGAUGCAUCGCAAGGAACGCAGCACCUGAUAGCGGCUGGAUGGCGAGCUGAUGCUGCGGUCAUCCCCGAGCCUACUAUGGAGGUCAUUGCAACUGCGCACAAGGGAUUCGUAUGGGUGGAAGUUGAUAUCCUGGGUGUUGCUGCACAUGGGUCCAACCCUGCCGCUGGACAAGACGCCAUCAUCCACGCUGGAUGGUUCCUUCAGGCUCUUGAGGAGCACCAGUCGCAACUACCAAAGGAUGAUCUCCUAGGCCAGGCGUCAAUGCAUUGCAGUUUGAUUCGAGGAGGUGAAGAGCCAUCUUCUUAUCCCGGCAAAUGCACCAUUACUGUUGAAUUCCGCACGAUUCCUGCCCAAUCUGAUGCAUCUAUCCUGGAGGAUGUGCGUAUACUUCUCCGCAAGGUUUCGGAGGUAAAACCCCGGUUCCAAUAUAAUGAGCCUCACAUCACAAUGUCACGUCCAACAACAAAACUUUCACGCGAUCAUCCCUUGGUGCUGAAGGCCAUCACCUGUGCCACUCCGAUUUUUGGAAAACCUCCUUCGAUUGGAGUUAUCCCAUUCUGGUGCGAUGCAGCUUUGUUAGCGGAGGUUGGUGUUCCGUCGAUUGUAUUUGGACCUGCUGGCGAAGGCCUCCAUAGCAAAGAGGAAUGGGUUAAAGUGAAAAGUCUAGAGCAGAUGGAGAAGAUAUUCAUCAAAUUGGCUCAGGACUUUUGCUCCUAG